AUGGCGACGGAUGAGACAACAAAUGAAGAAUCUACUUCAGCAUCGAAAGAAAAGUUUUGUGAAGUCGAUGGAGGUGCUGCUCUGUACGAGAAUGGGCUGAUGGCUAAAUAUUGUUACCGAGCGUUAGGAAAGUAUCCAAUACUUUACGGUUACAAACGAUAUUCGACAGGAACACAUCGAAUCAAGUUCCGAAUUGAAAAACGAGGAGAUUUACGCUGCUUUUUUGGAAUUGGUACAACCUGCGAAGAAGUGAAACGAAUGAUCUCCGUUGAAACAGACAAUCGGUCACUUUACGGCUGGUGGGGUUUAAAUAGUUAUGUAAUUAAUGGCAAAGUGCAACGAAACAAGGAAAAGAAUAAUAUCAAAACUUAUGACGAACUAACAUUAAUUCUAAAAUGUGAUGAAGAAAAGAUUCAAUUAGAACAUCAUCGAACAAAACGAGUGUUGGACUUGGUAAUUGACCUCGCAUUAUGUCCAUUUCCAUGGAAAAUAGUUGUCGAAUUGCCAACUUACGGAGAUUGUGUUCAUAUUCUUCAGUAG